CAGUCCAAAAGGGGCCCCCCCGAAGUCCAUCAUCCAUCGGCCUUUCCGUCUCCACAAGCUUCGCCUGCUCUGCUCCGGCCCCCUCCGCCCCCUUUGCCCUUUCUUGACUCCCUCUCUCUCUCCGCACAAGGAAAGCUCCGAGCUUUCUCUCUCUACCCGGAGGGAGAAGCGAGGAAGCCGGCGCCGCCUGUUGGCGCUGGGGUCUGGCAGCUGCCCGCGCUCCAAGGAAUCGAGUUCUUGGAGGGCCGUCCGUUCCAUGGCGGCGCAGCGGGGCGACCUGGGGCGGCAGCUCCCGCUGCGAGGCCCCCUCAAGGCCCUGGAGGCCGACAUACACCACGCCAACGCCAUGGCGGAUGCCAUUCAGAGGAACUAUGGUGGAGCAUGCGUGCAGAUGAGGCUGUCGUUCAGCUCCCUGGCUCCAUUCUUCCUGUACCUCGUCCAGUGGCUGGAUUGCGGAUGCUGCUACGCUCUUCCCAGUUAUUUAGGACUCUUUCACAUUCUCAUAUGCAAGGUAAAAGCACAGUAUGGAGUUUGGACCUCAUGUCUUUGUGUUUCUGUUACUCACAUAUGUACAGGAGUUCUGGGUUUGAGGUAUCAAAAUCUCUUUAUUUUGUUUAUACAGGUUUAUGCAGAUGGGGAUAGCUCGGUGUCAACAUAUGAAAGGCGGGCAAGCCUUAGGGAAUUCUACGCAAUCAUCUAUCCUAUUCUGCAGCAGCUUGAGAGUAGUCUGAUUGAGAGGGACCUGAAAGGGAAGGGUCGAUGCAAAGAUAUAGUGAGUAGGAGGCGUAUGGAGGAUUGGAAAAGGCUUUCUGGCAAGGAUGUAGAAAGGGAGGAUGAAUGUGGAAUUUGCAUGGAGACAUGCACCAAGAUGGUCCUGCCUAAUUGCAGUCAUGCAAUGUGCAUAAAAUGCUAUAGGGACUGGUAUAAAAGAUCAGAAUCUUGCCCUUUCUGCCGAGGAAGCCUCAAAAGAAUCCGCUCAAGAGACCUUUGGGUACUUACAAACUACAAUGAUGUCAUUGACCCCGCAAAUUUAGAAAGAGAAAAUGUGAGGCAGUUCUAUAGUUAUAUUGACAGCUUGCCUCUUAUACUUCCUGAUAAUAUUUUCUUUUUCUAUUAUGAUUACCUAAUAUAAUCCAGAAGCACCAUACAUUGAAUGUGUAAAUUGUGAAAUCAGAUGAAAUUAACGUAGUUCUUCUUUGGUAGAUGAAAGGCAUUCCUUUCUUUGACCAACAUGCAUUUGUAUUUACUUGUAGCGUAGCAAUGUAACACUAACAGAACAGUGAAUAAAAUUUGUAGGUGAUAUUCAUUAUUUUGUCAA